AUGGACCGAUUUGAAGAUGUAUCAGAUGGUGAAGUGGAUCAUGCUUUCUUUGACAGUGAUUGUGAGGAAGAGAAAAAGAAAGCUGAAGGAAAUGGUGAAUGUAUAGAGAAAGGAAGUACAAAAGCAGCUCUUGCAGACCCUGAUUUGGUUUCUAAUUCAAAAGGUGCAAAGUGUUGUGAGGAGGAAAGUGAAGAAAAGCAGAAAGAUUUGCAGGAGGAUCAGUCCCUACAAAGUAGCACAGGUAAUCUUGGAGAUGCUUCGUCUUUGUCACUUUCUCCAGUUGCGGAGAAUGCAGGUACAUCUGGAGUGAGAUCUACAGCAAAUAGGGGAACACAGGAGAAUGUUCCUGCUGGAAUCCCCAAAAUAGUUAAAGAAGGUGAAGAAGAUUAUUAUACAGAUGAAGAAGAUAGUAGUGAUGAUGGCAAAAAACAGAAGGUUAGACCAAAGUCAGCUAAGCAAUCAAACAACAUAAAAAAGGCUAGCAAAAAAUAUACUAAUAUCAGCUCCUCCUCCUCUUCUUCCUCCUCGUCGUCCUCCUCAUCCUCAUCCUCAAGCUCAGAUACAGAUUGUUCCGAUACGGAUUCCGAUAGCUGUUUAUCAGAUUCAUCUCAUUCUUCUUCAAAGAGGAAUGCUUGUAGGAAUGCUCUUCUGUCUCCAAAACAAAAAUUCAAGUCAGCAAUGAAAUUAGCAGAAGGAAAACCAAAGCUUGGUGACUACUUGGAGGAGUCUGAAGACACAGUGACUGACGUAACACCUCUGUCAACUCCAGACAUCAGUCCUAUCCAGUCUUUUGAACUUGCAGCAUCAAAUGAUAAGAAACUAAAAGUAAAAAGACAGGAAAAUGUGAGCCAAGAAUUAUAUGAUUCCGAGUUUGAUCGCAGAUAUAGUCGAAAAGUCUUGCAUGAUGCCAUGGACCUGAAUCAGCUUUUGAAAGCUUUCCUACAGUUGGAGAAAAAAGAACAAAAAAUAACUAUUGAUCAGCCAUCUAGAGGAACAAGGAAAAAUUAUUCUUUCACAAAUGAAGAAGUAAGACAGAUUGAUCGGGAAAACCAAAGGUUGCUAAAAGAGCUGUCCAGGCAGUCUGCAAAGCCGAGAAGAAGUACCACGUUGAAGAAGUCGUCUCUGCCGCCUCCUAAAUUGUACCACAGUGCCCUCAACAGGCAAAAGGAGCAGCAGAGAAUUGAAAGGGAAAACCUGGCUUUCCUGAAAAGACUGGAAGCAGUGAAACCAACAGCUGGUAUGAGGCGUUCUGAACAAUUGAUGGACUAUCAGCGUCAGAUGAGUUAUCUAAGUUCUUCACCUUCUGUAAGAAGAGGAAAAUCUGCCUUCAGCCAGCUUAGUCCUUCGAGAGGCACUUCAAGAGCAUCCACUGUACCAGGUACAAUGAACCAGAGGAAUGAAAAGCCCAUGUCUGAUUCAGCCAGUGGGGCAUUACAGAGACCUAAACCCACUAAUGUUCGUGCUGCUUGGUUGUAA